AUGUGCGUUUAGACGCGUCUGGGAAAUUUUUUCUUAAAAAAAACGCGCUAUAACGCGUCUGUUACAGAAAAAACGCGUCAAACCGCGUCUUUUCAGACGCACAGAAUUUACAUGGGUAGCAGCGAUGCACACAGCUUCACAAUUAACCGCUGGUGAUUAUAUUUGUACAAUAAUUGAUUCAAAUGGCGAUAAUAAGUUGGAUGUCCAAGUGGCAAUGAUGGCUCAUCGACCAUCCUUGCACUUGAGGAUUGUUCGGGAAUCAAGUGAACAACAGAAGGAAGGCCCCAAAACCGCUUUUGACCUGAGGAAGCGGAAGUAUGAAACAUCCGCUUGCAAUGUAGCCGAUAAUCUGUCCGCCGGUAACUAUAACUGGAUUGUCACAGAUAAAAACGGAUGUACAGCCAACACAGGAAUAAUUUUUACUCAACCAGCCAUCCUCAAUCAAUCCACUGAUCAAAUUGCAGACGUUGGUGCAAAUGUCAGUUUUACAACUGUUGUGGAUAAACCGUCCGAAAUGAAUUAUCAAUGGCAAAUAAGCAAUGAUCACAGUUUCACAAUGGUGACGACAGUUAGAGUUGCACUUGUGCUCGCUACUGUUGUGAUAAUGGUUGUUGUUGUUGUUUGGCCACGACAAGUGGGAACACUCGAAGCACCAACAAAAAAUGUUAUGCAAUAUUGUGGUAAUUGGACACUAGCACUAAAAGAACAAAAUUGUUAA